AUGGUGGACGACGCAAACGUUGAAAUUCGUGGGGAGAGAACGGACCGGCUCUACGUCAUCGGGCAGCUCGCAGCGCUUGCGAAGGCACUGAAGACCGUACAUGUGGAGAGCGCGCGAACUAUCUGGGAUGACAAUUGAGACACAACUUCUCUCAUACGAAAUUUUAGUUGUGGAUUGACUUAAAAGAUAAAAGAUUGAAAUUCGUCCGUAUGUGAGGAAAUAGCUGCUAAACUGGAACUCCUAAGUUUCCCUGUGUAAUUGCAUAGUGAGGUACCUUGGCUAGGAAAGACUUUGGUGAUCAUGAAGAUGAAAAAUCGCCUCUAAAACGCAGGCGCUAUGAAGACUUUGGACUUCUCGGUGGAUAUUUCUGUUCGCUCUCUGGGACGACUCUUUGGUGAAGAGGAUCCGGUACAGUUGUUCCAUCAACAGAGGGACAUCGACAUGAGCGAGGAUCGCGAGAAAUGGUACUACCCGAGUGCAAUCGGCGUUCGCGGUCAGCUCUACAGUGGUGACGCGUUUUAUCAGGAGUAUCAUGGCCCCAUUGUAUUGGGUAUGACUCCUACCUGGACCGUACACGACCCUGCACGCGUUACACCUUACCAGGCUCUUUCGACUGCAGAAGACGUAGAGGACGACAUCAUGCUUGCUCUGGUUGGAACGGUGCAGCAGGCAUCUUCAAACAGUACAACGAAUGUGACCAGCGACGUCAACGUCUCCGACGAUGGCGACAGUACCAGUGCAAAUGUAUCGGCUGCAAAUGCUACAAAUGGAACCAUGAGGAACACGUCAACAUCUGGGGGAAAGGUACUGUUGCCAG